AUGUCUCUCCGAUCGGCGAAAGUGCUUGGUCAACCGAAUAAUUUUGCACGAUUCGAUUAUAGUUCCGCGGUUCCAAGGCUGCACUUCAAGAUCUACGUGCCGGACGUCGUGAACCAUCACUACCACACGAAGACGGUUUUGCUGCACGUGCACAAGCCAGCCCCUAAGAAGCCGAAGACGCACAAGAAGCACGAGUACCACGAGAAUUGGAGCUCCUGGAAGAGUUACGACCACAGUUACAAGGACCAGCACGAGCACCCUGAGGAAGGACACAAGGAGUCUGUCAAGGACCAGAAGGAUCUUCCAGUUCAUGGCUAUUUCCCGCAGCCGUUCGUGGAGGAUAAUAACCUCGAACAGAAGGAUGUUCUACAUGCUCAGGAACCCUCGUACGCUGUGCACGAAGAUGUGAACGACGUUCCGCCGAACGUUGAAAGUUUCUCUUAUAAUUACGAAGAGGGGUAUAGGAAAGGUCUGCAGGAGGAGGCCGGGCACAUUCGAGCGGAUCAGACGAGCAAAUUCCACGAGGACCAGCACGAGGAGCAGGACGAAACGGAGAACGAGGGGUCCAGGGACGAGUACGAAGGGAAGACGGACGCUGGAAGAUAUUUUGUGGACGAUGUGGAGUAUGAAAAUAACAGGGACAAACGGGAGGGUCGACGUCUUCGGAAAAUUAAUAGAAUUUAGAGUAUCAUACAGUUUUCGAGAAUCAAAGUCUAAUCGUAGGCCGUGGUUCC